AUGGUGAUACUUCUCGAGGCUCUUACGAGGCCAAACGUCGCGGUCAACUCGGAUGCGACUGUCUCAGGUCCGAAUACAGAUGUCGUUUCAGACUUCGAAAUCCAGGGCUGGCUACCAUGGACUGACUUCAACUAUGCUACGCUUACUCGGAUCUUCAGGAGGGAACUCGGACAGGAAUACCGCGGUGAGCAGCAGCCGAGACCAGUGCAGCACGACCUAGACAUCUACAACGAAGACAGCUUUGACGACCUCCUGCGAAGGUUUGUCAGCCCCACAAUCAAUUAUGUCUUGGAGAAUCAGGCGGGCUCUUGCCACUAUGGCCGUGGAACUAGGUGCCCUGUGGAGAACUACAAACCGGACUGGUCGGUGAUUUCCGAUCAGUGCAUCAACAGCGACGGGCAGUUCGCGAAUAUCCUCCCCGGGGACACAAAACUCGAUUCCAAAUGGCGCCCGGAGAUGGUUAACGAGCCCCAGAAUCGAGACGAGUGGGAAAAGGUCAUCACGCAGAUCAGCACUUACAUUGCUUGGCAUCAUUCGCGAUACGGGUUCAUCAUCACAGACGCGCUCGUGGUUGCUCUCAGGAUUACCCGCUGCGAGCCAGAGGACGGUAUCGCAGGUGGUCCAUGUCAUCGGGCGGCGGUUCGUCAUAUGCCGACGACAACCCGCUACAGAGACUUGAAGGGCUACAUCCACAACACGUCGGGGGCGAGAAAGGAGCGGCUUCCCAGAGGCGAACAGCUCUACGACACCGCCCCCCAAUCCGGUGAGCCGGCCGCAGGCGAUUACGAGCCGGCCGCCGCCGCCACGUGGGAGGGGAGCGAGGACCCUGCUGACCCGGGUCACUACGCGAACCUGGCGGGACCUAGUAGCGCUAGCCAUGAGACACUGCACUUCAGUCAAGCAAGUAGCCCCUUUGCGAGCGGAGAGUUUUCGGGGGGCCUAGAGACGGCGGAGGAGGGAUACGCCGGAGCUGGUGGCGAUGAUUAUGAGGAGGAUGAGGGUGCUGGCGGCGGCGACAACGACGACGAUGACCGGACCGAAGUUGGGUCUGCUGUCAAACGUGUCACUGUCGCGGUUAAAAAGCACAGGGUUAGCAGAAAGCUUUAUUUUGUGGACUCCAGAGGGAGCCAGCGAGACACCUUCAAGGAGGAGUGGCGCAAGGUCCCAGGCGGCAACGUGCUCCGGACAUUGCCCUGGAAGCUGCGACCGCCUCAUAUCAAAGUCUCCAAGUUAGAACGCUUCUUCCUGUGCGACAAAGAAUACAUGGCUAUCGUGUACGAAUAUGUCGAGGAAGGCGAGAAUGUCGAGGACGCCCUUCAGGCAGCGAUGGACUUCUGGCUCGCCGGUUUUUGCGGCACCCUUUCCCCGCUCCUAAAGAACUGGAAGAGCAGCGUGCUCGUGGAUCUGUGCGAUAUCAAGGGGUUACCCCAGGGCCCCGCUUAUCCUCGGCCGUUGCCUGCACCCCAGCUCCCCCGUUUCAAGCCCCGGCUACUUCCUACGCCCCGGUCCCCGAGCCAGUCUCCGACUCCGCCUCCACUAACACCCCUAGGCCCGUCACCGAGCCCGUCACCAAGCUCGUCACCAACGCAGCCCGCAGUCCAGUCUCCUCGUUUCUAUAGUUUGCUCACAAGGGCUCAUCAGACGACAGCUGGACAGAGAGUGCGUAGAAGGAGAAUGUCUCCAAAUAAUCCGCAGGUGUAA